AUGGAUGAGAACUCUGCCCAUCCUUUCUCUAACAAUGAUGGUGCAGUUGAAAUUUCAAGGACACUGAGAGAGGUUCCACCAGGUGAUUACCUAUUUCAAAUCAAAUUGUUCUCAUUGCUUUCCAAGGCAGAAGAGAAAAGAUUUGAAUCGAGUGACUUUGAAUCAGGUGGCUACAAAUGGAAAUUGUGUCUAUAUCCGAAUGGAUAUGAAAAGGAAAAUGGGAAAGGGCAUAUCUCUCUUUACUUGGCAAUAUUGGAGGCAGAUACAUUACCUUUUGGUUGGGAGGUUAAUGUUAAAUUCGAGUUGUUUGUGUAUGAUCAUAUGCGAGACAAGUACUUGACCCUCCAAA